CAGCUCUCUGAGGACGGUUUCUUGUCAGCAGCGCCUCUGGGAAUAACCAGAUUGAAACAAUGGAAGACCUUUAUGUGGCAAACACCAUCUUCGCCCUCAAUAUUUUUAAGCAUCUGGCAAAUACUAGUGCCACCCCGAAUCUCUUCUUCUCUCCAUGGAGCAUCUCAUCCACCAUAGCCAUGGUCUACCUGGGUGCCAGGGGAAAAACUGCAGACCAGAUGGCCAAGGUGUUUCAGUUUGACAAAGUUGGAGCCCCUGAGACCCCCGUGACCCCAGAAAACCUUACAGGUUGUGAACUCAUGCAGCAGAUCCAGAAGAGCCCUUAUCCUGAGGCUAUUUCGCAGGCCCAAGCGGGAGCCGCACUCCACUCCGCCUUCAGCUCCCUCAGCGCCGCAGUCAGCGCAGCCUCAGGGGAGUACUUACUGGAGAGCGUCAACAAGCUGUUCGGAGAGAAGACUGCGAGGUUCAAGGAAGAAUAUAUGCGACUCUCCAAGAAAUACUACUCCGCAGAACCCCAGGCAGUGGAUUUCCUAGAAUGUGCUGAAGAAACCAGAAAAAAGAUUAAUUCCUGGGUCAAGACUCAAACCAAAGGCAAAAUCCCAGACUUGUUACCUGAAGGUUCUGUAGAUGGGGACACCAAGAUGGUCCUGGUGAAUGCUGUCUACUUCAAAGGAAAAUGGAAGACUCCAUUUGAGAAGAAAUUAAAUGGACUUUAUCCUUUCCGUGUGAACGCGACUCAGCGCGUUCCUGUACAGAUGAUGUACUUGCAUGCAGACCUGAACAUUGGAUACAUAGGGGACCUGAAGACUCAGAUUCUAGAACUCCCAUAUGCUGGAAACAUCAGCAUGUUCUUGUUGCUUCCAGACGAAAUUGCUGAUGUGUCCACUGGCUUGGAGUUGCUGGAAAGUGAAAUAACCUAUGACAAAUUCAUUAAGUGGACCAGCAAAGACACGAUGGCCGAAGAUAAUGUGGAGGUGUACCUCCCCCAGUUCAAAUUAGAGGAGCACUAUGAACUCAGAUCCAUUCUCAGGAACAUGGGCAUGGAGGAAGCCUUCAGCCAAGGCCAGGCCAAUUUCUCAGGAAUGUCCAACACAAAUGACCUGUUUCUGUCCCAAGUGUUCCAUCAAGCCACAGUUGAUGUGAACGAGGAGGGCACGGAAGCAGCUGCUGGCACUGGGGCCACUCUGUCAGGGAGAACUGGCCACGGAGGCCCACAGUUUGUGGCAGACCAUCCUUUCCUCUUCCUUAUCAUGCACAAAAUCACCAAGAGCAUCCUCUUUUUUGGCAGGCUUGUCUCACCCCAAAAUUGAAAAGUUCUGUUUCUGCACAGGAUUUUGUAGUAUGAGCUGUAAGUCUCAGAAUUGCAAUGAGUGCCAAAAAUUUAGAGACUUUUUUCCUACACAUUUCUGCUCUUUUCUGAAUAACUUCUACUACACAAUGAUAAGUACAGAAAUAACUAGACAACUAUCCACCUUAGCAUUGCAAAGCUGACUAAUCAUUUGUUCUCGUAAGUAGAAGGAUGUCCCAGUUAAGUCUUCCUUACUAUGGGUUUAUUUUAUAGCAUUAACUUUAACUGUAUUAUUUAUUAUUUUAUAUAAUGGUUUUAAUUAUUGUUCACUGUCAGUUUUAUGUAACUGAUAUAGUUACAGAAGCGAGUGAUCAGUUAUUUUUCUAAAAUAUGCAUUUACUUGUUUGUAUAAUGAGGGAUGAGUAGUUGCUCUUCCAUGCCCUUUUAUAAUAAAUACUUAGAAGAAAGCAUUGAAAUAUAUGUGUAUUUUUAGCAUUAUUAUUACAUAGAUGUGUCUAUAACUAAUGUAAAAUUGCAAAUAUAUAUAAAAAUAAACAUGUUUCCAUGCAA